AAAGUCUCUACCUAGGAAUGCCGAACCUGAAGUUAUUCUACGAUUUAAUGUCUCAGCCCUCCAGGGCUGUGUACAUUUUUCUCAAAGCGAAUAAUAUUCCAUUUGAAGCUAUACAAAUUGCUAUUAGAAAUGGUGAUCACCAUAAGGAAGAAUAUACCAGGAUCACUCAAUUUCAGCAGGUGCCCGUCAUCGACGACAAUGGAUUUGUCCUUACUGAAAGUGUAGCAAUUUUGCAAUAUUUAUGCAUGAAAUACAAAUUGGCAGACCAUUGGUAUCCCUUGAAAAAUCCAGAAACUCAUGCACGAGUACAGGAAUAUCUAAAUUGGCAACAUGCAAACACUCGAUUUCAUGGAACCAUGCUGUUUAGAAUACUGCUUAGACUACCACAAGAAACAAAACAACCGGUAAACCAGCAGGAAGCAGGGGAAUACAGAAAGGGAAACAUGACUGUUGUCCGCCAUCUUGACAAAUAUUUCUUAAAGGACAAGAAAUUUCUGUGUGGUGAAGACAUUUCUAUUGCUGACAUUCUGGCCGUUUGCGAACUGAUGCAGUUACACGUGAUUGACGAGGAUUACAUCAUAUACCAGAAUGAUAAGGUCAAAGCGUGGUUAACACGUGUAAAGAACCGACUGGGGCCUGCUUUUGAUGAAGGUCAUAAAAUUGUAUAUAAAGUCCAUGACCUUUACAAGAGUACCUGGAAAUCCGAACUAGCAAAACUUUAAACGCGUCAUCGUAUAAAUUAAACGAAUGCACUGAAUUAAGAUAUAUUACUUCAAGUAUAUUUUUAUGUGAUGUUUUUUUAUUUACCUUUUACUUAGUAUCCUGCUCUUAUCUCGCUCUUAUGUCUGUUUGGAGUGCUAAAAAAAACUCUGAUACUGUAAAUAAGGCUGAUAACAGAAAUAGCUGGAUGAAUUCCUGAAAACGACACAAAACAUAAAAAUCUGGUUGUUAAUGACGGAAUUAUCUUUAUAAUUUUAGGAAAAGGAUUUUAAGAGAAUUCCCGAAAACGACCCAAAACAUUAAAAAAAAACAUUCUGCAGUUGUUAAUGACGGAAUCAGGAAAAGGAUUUUAAGAGAAUUCCCGAAAACGACCCAAAAGAUGGUUUA